AGAAGAACUGUUUACAAAGACAUCCUCCUACACACCAGAUGGCGACGUGCAAGACACAAGAUACGACAAUACAAUUUUACUUCCUGCAAUCGCGAGGCUAACGAAACCAUGCAACAGCGUGAAGAGAAACAGCUGGAGGCGUCUGUGGAGUCGCUCAUUUCUCGAGUAGCCUACGUUAAAAACGCUUUGCACAGCUUUAUUUAUAAGUUAGAGAAUGAAUACGACAGAUUAACAUGGCCAUCAGUAUUGGACAACUUUGCCCUCCUGUCUGGUCAGCUCAACACCAUCAACAAACUCCUAAAGAAUGAAAAGACCCCAUCCUAUCGCAGUCAGGUCAUUAUCCCUCUGCUGCUUUCUCCAGAUCGAGAUGAUGAUUUGGCUAAAUUAACAGAGCAGCGAGUACCAGUGUUCAGCCAUGAGAUAGUCCCAGAUUAUUUGCGUACAAAGCCUGACCCUGAAGUGGAGGAGCAGGAGAAGCAGCUGAGUGCAGAGGCGGCUCGCAUAGGUCCUGAGGUGGCACAGAAGCAGAUCCAGACAUUGAAUAAGCUUUGUUCCGGGCUUUUGGAGAAACUCAACAACCCCAGAGACGAACGAGAGGCUGAAAGUUCAGCCUUAAGACAGAACAAACCAUCAUUCAACCCCGCAGACACAAAUGCCCUGGUUGGAGCAGUGGCCUUUGGUAAAGGUCUGUCUAAGUGCAGACCCCCGGGACCAGUGGCGCCUGGGCUUCCAGGACAGGGGCCCUUGAUGAGCGGGGGCCCCACUCUGCAGCAGGUCACUAUCGGAGGGGGUUCUGGACAACAGCCCUCUAUGGGAGGUCCUGUAUCUCAACAACAGGGACAGCCAGGAAAAAUGCCCAGCAGUAUCAAGACAAACAUCAAAUCAGCAUCAGGCUCAAUGCAUCCCUACAACCGAUGAGCCAAUUAAUAUUUCAACUCAUAUUUAUAUAAUGUACUUACAGUGAAUAUUGUUGCUGUAUCACUGAUAUGUUUGGUAAAAAACGUCAUGAAACAUUAAAGAUAAAUCAUAAUUGUACUCAUUCUAUUUUCUUCUGACAGUAAUAAAAGAUGUUUUUGUGCAAAGC